AUCUAACAAUAGUAAUGGAUUCUUGACCAUAGGAUCAACGCUGACAAGACAUCCAUGUGCUUGAUACUAUCUUGUUCUUGUUCUUCUAAAUACUUCUCUUCAUCUCUUUCUACUUAGUACUAUUAAAUACCUUUUCACCUCACUCUUGACCCACUCUUCUUUUUUUCUCUUCUGAGAUUCUUUUUUUUCAUUUCCAAUAUUCUCUUCUUUCUACUAUACACUUUCUCUUUGCUCAAACAUAGCAUCUUUCUUCUUUGUUUCUCAUUAGUUUCUUCGUUUUUCUCAAGUGGGGUUUGAUGGAAACUAAUAAAUCCUUGCUUUUCUUGCUGUUUUUAGCUGUUUCUGCAGUUUUUGCUGAUGAAGAUGUCUUUAUUGGAGUAAACAUUGGAACGGAGCUAUCGGACAUGCCACACCCAACUCAAGUGGUUGCACUUCUUAAAGCACAGCAAAUCCGUCAUGUACGGCUCUUUAAUGCUGAUCGUGGUAUGCUUCUUGCGCUUGCAAAUACAGGCAUCAAAGUUGCUGUUUCUGUGCCCAAUGAACAGAUCCUUGGUGUUGGUCAAUCAAAUACCACUGCUGCUAAUUGGGUUGCCCAAAAUGUCGUCGCACAUUAUCCAGCGACCAACAUCACGACCAUAUGUGUUGGUUCCGAGGUUCUAUCAUCCCUUCCAAAUGCUGCACCGAUCCUUGUCAACGCCCUUAAGUUUGUUCAUUCAGCCCUUUUGGCAUCGAACCUGGACAGGCAAAUAAAAGUUUCAACACCUCUAGCUUCUACCAUCAUCCUCGACUCGUUCCCCCCAUCGCAGGCCUUCUUCAAUCACACCUUGAAACCAGUAUUAGUACCACUGCUCAAAUUCCUGCAAUCCACUAAUUCUUAUUUCAUGCUAAACGUCUAUCCCUAUUACGACUACAUACUAUCCAAUGGCGUUAUUCCACUAGAUUAUGCUCUCUUCAAUCCUCUAGCUGCAAAUAAAGAAGCAGUGGACUCCAACACACUUUUGCAUUAUACUAACGUCUUUGAUGCAAUGAUCGACGCUGCUUACUUUGCAAUGGAGGAUGUCAAUAUCACCAAUAUUCCUGUUGUGGUGACUGAAUCAGGCUGGCCAUCAAUGGGCGACUCGAAUGAACCCGAUGCUACAGUAGAGAAUGCCAACACUUACAACAGCAAUCUGAUAAAGCAUGUGCUAAACAAAACCGGAACUCCCAAGCAUCCCGGUAUUGCUGUUAGUACUUACCUCUACGAGCUAUACAACGAAGACAAUAAGGCGGGGCCUUUGUCAGAGAAGAAUUGGGGAUUAUUUAAUAACAACGGAACACCAGUUUAUAUUCUACGGUUGACUGAUUCAGGAUCUCUUUUUGCAAACAAUACUUCAAACCAGACUUACUGCGCUGCAAAAGAAGGGGCAGAUUCUAAAAUGCUACAGGCUGCUUUAGAUUGGGCUUGCGGAGCUGGUAAGGUAGAUUGUGCACCAAUGUUGCAGGGGGAACCGUGUUAUGAGCCAGAUAACGUGGCUGCACAUGCUACCUAUGCUUUUAAUGCUUACUAUCACAUGAUGGGGAGGGCUCCCGGGACUUGUGACUUCAAUGGGGUGGCUACGAUCACUACGACUAAUCCAAGUCAUGGUUCUUGUGUUUUUUCAAGUAUCAGCAGAAAUGGAACUUUCCUAAAUGGCACGGCUCCAGCUGUUGAUUCCACGAGUUCAUCAUCAGCCUAUCCCGUCCAAUAUCUAAACAACAACGCCUUCUCGACCACACUGAUGAUGAUUCUCGGAAUUCUAGGAUUGACCGUGGUUCUUUUGUAGCAUGGUAAUCUUCUGGUGCCCCCAUCGCACGAGAUUCAACAACCUGCACAUUUUUCGUUUCAAGAAAUGAGACUAGUUAGUUAUCGUGGAGUCCCACUACCUUUUCGGAAAAAAAAGAAAGUAGGUUACUGAUCUUCAGAAGCCACAUAAUUUUGUACAAAUCCAUGAGAGAACCUUGUUUCUUUUGCAGUGUAGGGUGAAAUAUUGAACCUAUUUACAAAUUCUUUAUAUUUGUUCUAUUGGUUUCCUUAUUAUGAUCAUUGGAACGCCAGUUUCUUA